CACGCUGAACAGGAUUGAAGAUUAGUUUGUCUGUGUCAGACGGAGAAUGUGAUAGUUUUUGUUGCGUGUAAUGUUGGCGCGGACUGAGAACUGAGAGGAUCCUUCAGGUCGAGAUGGUUGAAGAGAAAAUGGGGGAGUGCUUCAGUCAAACCAAGGAUCAGUUUGAUAACCUAGAAAAGCACACGCAGUGGGGAAUAGACUUUGUGGAGAAAUACACCAAAUUUGUGAAGGAAAGAUCAGAGAUCGAGCUUAACUAUGCAAGACAGAUCAGGAAUCUGUCCAAGAAAUACCAGCCUAAGAAGAAAGAUGAAGACGAAAACAAGUACACGUGGUGUCGCGCGUUUCAUUCGACGCUGAACGAGCUGAACGACUACGCCGGCCAGCAUGAGGUCAUCGCCGAGAACAUGACGUCACAAAUCAUCACCGAGCUCACGCGAUACACGCAGGAGCUCAAAACGGAGAGGAAAUCGCAUUUCCACGAUGGACGGAAAGCGCAGCAACAGGUCGAAGCCAGUUGGAAGCAGCUGGAGGCGUGUAAAAGGAAGUUUGAGCGGGAGUGUAAAGAGGCGGACCGAGCGCAGCAGUACUUUGAGAGGAUGGACGCAGACAUCAACGUGACAAAAGCUGACGUGGAGAAGGCACGGCAGCAGGCGCAGAUGAGACACCAGAUGGCUUCUGACAGCAAGAAUGAAUAUUCCUCAUACCUGCAGAAAUUCAACCAGGAACAGAACGAACAUUAUUACACCAUAAUACCCAAUGUUUUCCAGAAGCUCCAGACGAUGGAGGAGAAGAGGAUAGAAAGGAUGGGCGACUCGCUGAAAACGUUUGCAGACGUGGACCGACAGAUUUUGCCCAUCAUCGGGAAAUGUCUCGACGAAAUGACGCAGUCGGCCGAAUCCAUCGACUCCAAGACUGAUUCAUCUCAGGUCAUAGAAUCAUACAAGUCUGGCUUCGAGCCUCCAGGAGACGUGGAGUUUGAAGACUACGGUCUGCCGAUGAAGAGAACAGUGUCUGAGACCAGUCUCACCAACUCACGCCCGGACAAAGCAGACCGGUCCAGUAGGGGAAAGAGUAAAACUAUCUGGCCUUUCAUUAAGAAAAACAAGCUUAUGUCCCUGUUAACAUCUCCCAUACCCCGCCAGUCCCCCCCUGAACCUCCCUCACCUUCUGCUGUGACCCCUGACCCCUGCCCCACUCCCCAGACCCCCAAACAGUCCAAGGAGCCCCUGUCCCACCGAUUCAACGACCUUGUGACCUCCAAGCCCAAAAUAAACUGCCUCAGGAGCCUCCGGCGAGGGUCUGCCCAGUCUCUAUAUUAUAAUAAAGAGAUAAUGAAGAGGACUCUCGGCCGGCCUACAUAUGCGUUUGAGGCCAGGCAAUAUAUUCUGUCUCUGAAGCUGCUCUCACUCAAUGCCCACGUGCGGAACCUUAUUGAGGGUUCGAAUCCUGAAGAUUUCAGUCAUUUGCCUCCAGAACAGAGAAGAAAGAAACUUCAGGCUAAGAUAGACGACAUCAAUAAAGACGUACAGAAAGAGAUGGAUCAGAGAGAUGCUUUGACUAAAAUGAAGGAGGUGUAUGUGAAGAACCCACAGAUGGGGGAUCCCAACAGCGUGGACCCCCGGUUAGCAGAGAUCGCCCAAAAUAUUGAGAAACUGCAGGCGGAGGCUCAGAAGUUUGAGGGCUGGUUAGCGGAAGUAGAAGGAAGGAUGCCAGUGAAGAGUGACCCUGCGCGGAGGACGAGCACACUGUUCGAGACCCAAAACAGCACACCACCCACCACCAACAACAACUGCGCACAGGAUAGAGAGAGCAGUCCGGAUGGCAGUUAUACAGAGGAACAGAGUACUGAGGUCCAGAGUAAAGUCAUACCAGAAGUGCCAGAGUUUGACGAGUUCGAUGACGCAGAUGAAGACAUGCUACCGACCAUCGGCACCUGCAAAGCCCUUUAUCCAUUCGAAGGUAGUAAUGAAGGUACCAUCGCUGUGGCAGAGGGUGAGCUCUUGUACGUAAUAGAAGAAGAUAAAGGUGACGGAUGGACGCGUGUUAGGAGAAAUGAGGAAGAGGAGGGUUACGUCCCCACAACCUACGUCGAGGUCUUUCUGGACUCCAACGCCAAAGAUUCGUAAAGUGUGGAAGGAGGACUCAGUGGUGCAGGGCAAACAGCAGCCGCAUGUGGGGGAAACUACAACCUACACUUCAUGGCCACCAUAGAGUGAGACAGACAGAGAGAGAGAGAGAUUAUAGAGGUCUGUCGGCCUAAACGCAUUUGUAACUCUCCUGCUGUAGAGAGAAACGGCAAAUCAGAGGAAUGAGAACUAUUAUGACAUUAGAUUUAUUACCUGUUUGAUAUUUUAUAAUGAGGUUAAUAUGAUCUGCAUAUAUAUCAUUUUGCUUUACGGCUGAGCUUCGCUGAACAGUGCUAAAUUUCCUCCUGCCUGUGUGGAUGACUGUACGUAUGCGUGUGUUCGUCUUGUUUGUGAUUCCCUGAUAGGUCCCAAACUAAAAUCUACGCCAAACCCUGGAAACGUGGCCUGUAAAAGGAGCUAAGUUUGCAGUACCUCAUCUGCCUGAGAAUUUAAUCUCUUACAUUUACAUACUCUUCCAUACAAAGUUACAGAAGCAGAACUUGAUUUGGUUAAUUUAUGCUUAGAUCUAAAAGAAACAAAACGACGAUGCUAACCAUGACGUAUUAUAAAAUUUACACACUCAAGGGCUCCUUUAUCAGGCCACACCUCUUUAAUCCAAUGAUUUCAUCUCCGAGAGAUAACAACUGCUAGCCAUUGGUUGCUAACAUGGCUGUCACAGAUCGUAGGGGCGGGGCUUCACUGGCCAACAGCAUGCCUGCUUGCCCUGGCACCUCCUCUGUCUCCACCCUUCCAGUGCACUUAACUGUUUGUCUGUUAACCGUUCAUCCUUUCUAACUCCCAUUAUUUUACACAUCUCCCUUGUUUUGCCGUCGUGCCCUGACGUGAUGUGCGUUUUCCUUCAUCCAGUGACGUGUCUCGCUUUUCUCACACUCAAGCAAGCACUGCUUUGAUUUGCUGGAUGGAGAGCAGCUUUUUCUGUUAACAGAAUAUACAGACAUGAAUAAACAUGAUGAUGUCCUGUUGAUACGUAUUUAUUGUGACGGAUGUUAUGUGUUCACGGUUUUACCCUGUGGAGCAGCCAGCCGAGAACCUCACAGGAAUUCCAUAUGAAAUGUGGGAGUUUUAUAUGUUAUGGUUAAAUGUAUCCUGAGCCAAAUGUACAGGUUAACCAGAAAAAUAAUGUGCAUCAGCUGCGUGGCCUUCAUAUCUGAACCUGAAUAUUUAAGAGACUGGACUCCAUGCUUGAGGUUUUAACUGAUUUGUUUUCCUUUUUUUGUGAUUUCUGUGGUUUGACAGUUUUCUUUUUUCUGUAAAAUCUGUGAAGAGACUUUUUUAUUUUUUCCCAAUGACUACUCGCAACUCCCGGAGGCACAUAUUCAUUUUGACUUUUCUUUUCUAUUUUUUUUAAUUCUCUCACAUGUCAUGUUGGGUCCAGAAGAGGUUUAAGUGUUUUUCUAGUGUUUGUUUUCCUUAAGUAGGGUUUAAGUUUUGUAAAUCUAGGCCUGGUUUCACAGACAUGGCUUACGCCUUAGUUAAAUUAUAAGAAUUAAGUAGCAUUUAUAAAAAUGCCUUAGUAAAAGCUUUGCCAGUGUGAAUCUUAAGACAAAACAAUAGCACUGACAUGUUUAAGGAUUUGUCACAGCACGUUAUUUUCAGUUAAGACAGCUCAAAUUUGCAUUUUAGUCUGGGACUAGGCUUAAGCCUUGUUUGUGAAACCGGGCACUAGUUUUUCUCAUGACACAAAACUGCUAUUUAAAGGUGAAGUGUAUCAGUUUUCUCUCCUGUUCUUGCUAAAUAUGCAGAGAAAUCUGAACAUAUAGGACGCUGUGGCACUAUCAAAGAUCUUAAAACAGCUCUGUUUGUUUGAGCUUCCUGUCCUGGCUCACAAAGCAACAUUAGCUCAACCAAAUCUGUUUGUCCGAACAAUGGUGUUGAGUGUUCGAAUUUUUUUGCAAUUCCGUUAGGUGAAGCUGGGAGCUCAUAAUCAACACACUUCACCUUUAAUGCUUAAGGCUGUCUAUAACCACUAUUAAUGAGUUAUACGAUUUUUUGUUGAAUAAUUGCACAGCCUAUCCUUAAAACGGACUGACUCUGAUGGAACUGUAAAUAUGAAAAUGUGUUAUUAAUGAGAAUGUUUUGAAGAAGAAAACAUUUCAUUGUCUUGGAGGGAAACAUCAUUACUCUUGUCUUCCAAAAACAUUCUUUGAGUGAAAAAUCAAUUCAUUAUUUUAACAUUUCCACCUUUUAACCUAUGCUGUCUGUCACCAUAUGGCAAAAAUACACCUUUACAAAAGAAGUGAGCUCAUAUUUGGCCCGUGACAAAAUCCACGCUCCCAACCUGCUCUACAAAACACCAUUCCCAAAUAAGAGAAUUAUAAAUAUAUGUAUAUCUAUACGUGCAAGUCUAUAAAUGAGAGUGAACUAACAAACCACGAUAAGAGUCUAUUUUUAAAUUUUGAUCAAUAAAAAUGUCCAAAUUUCUUUUCUCUGCUUUGCUAAAUGAAUUUAACCUUUUGGUGGGAUCUGCCAACUGUUUGUUUUGCACUUUUUGUUUGUUUGUUGUUUGUUAAAUGCUUCUGUUUUGAGCACUGAAUACUUUGUAUGUGUUAACUGUGCCAAUUAAAAUAGAGGGAAAAUC